AUGGUCGGCGAUAUGUCUUUUGAUAAUGCAAGAGUUUUGGUGUUCGGUGGCACUGGAGCCCAAGGGCGAUCGAUCGUUCAAGCAUUGGCACGGACCAAGCGAUAUCGUGUGUCUGUUCUCACUAGAAACAAGAAUUCAACCCAAGCCGCGGCCCUAGCAUCCUCCUUUCCAGACGUCCAAUUCGUUGAAGGCUCGUACACGACAGAAGAGGGCCUACGCAACGCUUUCGCCAAUCAAGACGUUGUGUACUUCAGUAUAGACAGUUUCAACGUCGGUGAGCCAUUUGAGUACUUCUGGACGUUUCGUGCCUACGAGAUCGCUGUCCAAAGUAAGCUGAAAUGGUUCAUCUUCGCUGGUGCUGGAGAUAGUAGGUUAACUGGCUGGUUAAUGAAUCAGCCUCUUGACCGACUUCCUUGGACUAUCCUGACAGGCGGCGUUUACGCUGAAAUGCUUGGGAUUCUUCUAAGACCGACUGAGAACGAGGAUGGAUUCGUCUUUCAAAAUCCCAUGGAUGAUGAUAGCGUCAUGCCACUUCUACCUCUCGAAAUGUACGGUUAUCGCCUCCAGUGGGCUUUGGCACAUCCAGAGGAAAAGAUCGCUACAGCACUUCAACAAGUCACUGGCAAAAAGGCUCAAUUUAAGAGCAUUACAACAUCCGCAUGGAUGGAGGCUAUUUCUAGUCAUGUAGAUCCAGAGGGGAGAUUGCCCAGAAGAGCAGAUCCCACUGAUCCUACCUCGUUUUCGUUUCGCAAAUCUUUUUCGGCCUGGUGGAAUAUCUGGAAAGAGCAGAAAGAAAAGAAGAUGGAAGAUAUGGCUUGGGCGGAUGAAGUUUACCCUACACGACCGAGGAGUCUGAAGGAAUGGAUGGAAACAGUUGGGUACGAGGGGAAACAAAUUGUUCCCCUGUAUGAGUAG